GAUUUGCUGCUGCCUGGAUCCGGCCGUCUUUGCUUGGUGGCGAUGAACGCCCAUCACGGAGAAUGGAACCUCCUCCAUCUUCUUCUUCUCUACUUCAUCUCGGAUUGUUGUCUUGCAGCUACUCAGCCCUCGCUCUGCUCGUUCGCUUUUCUUCAAAUCCAUCGUAAACGCCAUAUUUCGAUCACGACCACUAUCUUCUUCCAUCUUGCCGCGGAGAUCACAUGGCUGGACCCCGCGUCUUUUGAUUACGUCGUGACGGGACUUUCUCUUCAAGUCUCUCCCAGUCUAUUUUGUCCCCCCGUCCCUUCUCUGCGUUUCGAAGUUACAAGGGGAGAAGAAAAACGAAAAAAAUCUUCUAUCUCGGGAGGCAUGAGAGACUUCUCCCGACGAUCGCCGUUUCAACCACAUCUUUAGUUUCCCCGCAGAAAUGGCCGGCUCCAGCAACAUCAAGUACACCCCUCCUCCCUCGCCGCCUUCUCCGACAGCAUCCUUUUAUGACUUGAGCGACGAUGAGGAGGAUGAAUAUAAUACCAUCUCCCACUCCGCCUCUCGCAGAGGCGUAAAGUUACUCUUCUCCAAGAGCAAGGUUUACGUCCAUCCAACCCCUUCGGCCAGAGAUAACAUUCCUGGCUUCAUUGCUCUCGUUCAGCAAAAGCCCCUCUCCCCUUCCUCGCAAAAUAAUACAUAUGCUAGUCCUUCGCAGCGUGAUGACGUCGCAUCAUAUCUCCUAGCCUGGGUUCCUGAAUCCUCCCUCGGGGAUGCGUACAGCACUUAUGUUAAGGUCGACCUCUCCGAUGACGAUUCCUCGCCCCGGCAAAAAUACUUGGUACCUGCUCUCCCAGCCACAACAACCUAUAAGGAUCCAAUAGGGCUCUACGCUUUCGCUGUACCCCUAUCCGAGAUUUAUUCUUUGCUUGUGCGGCCCCCCAGCUUAGGCUGGUGGUUCGGGAGCCUUGUGAUCAAUACGAAGGCAGGUGACAGCUUUCCAGCGUUGUUUUUCCAUGACAGCGAAUGCGAGUCAACUAUCUUGCAAAAGAAGAAGAGGACGAAGGAAACCUUCGAUCCGUUCGGAGAAGAUGGUAUUAUGUUUUGGGGCGGCGAUGAGGUCCUACGGUGGUUACGAAAAUAUGUGGAGGUGCAGCGGUCAGCCGUCGACAGUACCGUCUACUUGAUUAAUCCUUCCGAAGAAGAUCAGAUGUCUUUCGGGAAGCCAUUGGCUGCUGGUGCUGCGGCGGCGACAUCCCGGGAUUCCAACGCCCCCGAAGCUCAACGGAGCGGGCCUGUGGAACGUGACGCUGGAAUGGACCCAUUCAUGAAAGCGAUCAAGGAAACAAGGUGGAAGGUCCUCGAGCAGCUGAGUAAGAUCACUACAUUUACAAAACGCACCGCAAACGAAAUCGCCGACAAUCCCCGUAUUCCUCCCCAAGUGCGUCGGCUCAUGCGGACCCCGGAGAUCCAAACCUUGCAGGAUGAAUUCGAUAGCGCCAGGAUUUAUCUCGCCCGAUGGGCCAUGAGCAUUUCGGAGCAGAGUGAGCGCGAAAGAAACCAGCGAAUCUGGACUGCUCGGGAUGUUCUCGAAACGGAGAAUAGCUCCGUGGGAGAUUUUGAAAUCCUUGAUCUUGAGACGGGAAAUAUGUCCAUCCAUGAGCGGCGAAAGACAGUCACUCUAAAGGAGUGGAAAGGGUUUUUUGAUCCACAAACGGGGAGACUACAGGUUACUGUUGAUGAGGCAAAGGAAAGGAUAUUCCACGGAGGCCUGGACCCCAAUGAUGGCGUGCGCAAAGAAGCCUGGCUUUUCCUUCUUGGGGUCUAUCCUUGGGAUAGCAAUCGUGACGAACGUCUAGCUCUGAUGAACUCGAAGCGCGAUGAGUACAUUCGCUUGAAGGGAGCAUGGUGGGAAAGAAUGGUUGAAGGCGAGUCUACCGCCGAGCAGGACGAGUGGUGGAAAGAGCAGAGGAACCGUAUUGAGAAAGAUGUUCAUCGUACGGAUCGGACGAUACCUCUGUUUGCUGGUGAAGAUAUCCCUCACCCGGACCCUGACUCGCCAUUCGCAGAUACCGGAACCAAUGUACAUCUUGAACAGAUGAAAGAUAUGCUUCUUACGUACAAUGAAUACAACCCUGACCUGGGGUAUGUUCAAGGCAUGAGCGACUUGCUCGCACCGAUCUAUGCAGUAAUGCAAGACGAUGCCGUUGCAUUUUGGGCAUUUGUCGGAUUCAUGGACAGAAUGGAACGGAACUUUCUCCGCGACCAGUCUGGGAUGCGUGCACAACUUCUCACCCUUGACCAUCUUGUCCAACUCAUAGAUCCCCAACUCUACCUGCACUUGCAAUCAGCCGAUAGCACCAAUUUCUUCUUCUUCUUCCGAAUGCUUCUUGUGUGGUAUAAGCGGGAAUUUGAGUGGCCGGACGUUUUGCGACUCUGGGAAACUCUAUGGUCAGAUUACCUUACCAGCAACUUCCACCUCUUCAUCGCUCUGGCGAUCCUGGAGAAACACCGAGAUGUGAUCAUGGAACAUCUCAAACAAUUUGACGAGGUCUUGAAAUACAUCAACGAACUAUCCAACACCAUGGACCUUAUCCCAAUACUCACACGUGCCGAAUCGCUUUUCCACCGCUUCAACCGUGCUGUUGAAGCGAUCGACAAGAAAAACAACUUCCCGACCCCUUCUACGCAUCACCGUAAACCCUCGCAACCUUCCUCUGACGCCAGCAAGGGCAAAUCGCCCGAGCGGCCAUCCAGCAGCGCUUUCAGCAGCAGUGUCAAUCCAGGAACAUCUCUAACCCCGGGAGACAAGUCAGAAGCAAAAGUCAUCUCGCCGGAGCUCAGAGAGUUGUUUAAGAAGGAUGUUUUCUGGAAGCGUCGAGCGAGCAUUGAUCAGGGGCAUGAUUCUCCUGCCCUCCCACGAGACUAGAGUAGACAUAUUUUGGAGUUUCAUCCCCCCCCGAUAUGAAGUGAUGUGUUGACGACCUCUACUUGAUAUAUUAUUUGUUCCUUUAUCUUAUAUCUGUAUCACUCUACAGUUUGCUCUUGGCCAAAUUGGUAGGCUGGUGGCGUUUUAUCUUUAUCGAAUUAUACGAAUCAAUCAAAC